AUGCAGCAAAUAUAUUUUGUAUAUGCUUAUGAUGGUAAUGAUGAUGAUAAUGAUGAUGAUAGUGAUGAUGAUAACCUUUCCAAUUUAUCAUUUAUCAGACCCAUGAUGAUGAUGAUGAUGAUGAUGAUUGCUUCUCUUAUCGAACAGCAGCUUCUUCGUGGCUACCUGCAGGAAAUUAAAAAGAAAGAAAUGAUAAUCAAAUAUUGGUUAGAAUAUUUUGAAAUAAUUAAAAUUAAACUAUUCGAUACGUAUAAAAAACGCAAAAAAAAAAAAACGCUGGAUAAAAAUCAAAGAUCAAAAGAAAAGGAAUAA